UUCUUUUUCCUUAUUCUGAACCUUAACGUUUCUUUCACUUCAUCCUAGUUCUUCUUCUCUCCAAAAAAAACCUACACACUUUUUUUUUCCUCAUUCAUAAUUCUUAAUCAUCAUCGUUUAUCAUAUUCAAAUCCAAAUCCAAAUCUUAUGUUGAGAAAUUAAUUAACAUGUUUAACGAGCUCUCUGUGGAGAGCUAUCGAAUUCCAUGGCUGAUUUGGAUUCAACUGAUUGUUCUCUUUCUCCUCUUUACACUUUUCUAUUGUUUCACAAUCUCUGACGAUGACGACGCCUCCGUCGUGCCGGAAACUUCCUCCGUCGCGGCUAAAAGCUUCCGUUACGAGGAGAUUCAACGGAUUGAGAAACGACUGUUAACAGCCAAUAAUGACUCAAAUACCCCUGUUUCAACUAACGGUCAACACCUCGAUAUUACGCUGAAGCAGGGUGGGCAGAACCUAAGUAUUAAAGACGAGAUAGAAACAUGUUCAAGCAUUACAAGCGAAGAGCUUUUGGAGGAGGAAGAGUCUUCAACAUUGAGUUCCCACCACCCUUGCAAUUUUUUUCAAGUAGCCACAUUUGUAUUUCUCAAAUGUUUUGGUCUCGAUGAUUCCACGUCUGGUUCUUCGUCAAAACAAAAACAUAGAAAAAGAAAAGAAAGUUGACUAUAUAUGUGAAAUCUAUGUUAUUGUAAUUAUCAUUCGUUAAAUAAAAUGUUCAUUCAUUAAUUAA